CGGGUUUUGCAUCAGACCUGACGGAAGCCUAGUAGCAGUCAAGGGAACGGUGACAAUGACAAGGACAUUGGCGGAUCGAUGACGAGACAUGGGCGUGUUGUGCAGCGCUUCUGGACGGAGGAUGUUUUUUAGAGAACGGUGGCCUCAUUUAUUUUUCCACGACGACCACCAAACCACCAUGCAGCUCUGCUCCUCCCCCUUUCCACGCCGCAGCCGCGCACGCACGAGCCUACGCACUGUACGCACAGAGGACGGGACACGAAAGAUGCUCGGAUUCAGAACUUUUUAUGCAGCUCACGGGGUGUUGGUAUCUGCGUAUUUCCUUAAUUCUGGGAGUUUUUUUUUUUUUUCUCUUUUCAUUUCCUUCUGCACUACUCCUAGUACUAUUAGUGCUGCUACUACAUCGGCGUGUUGUUGUUGAGAGCAAAUUCCGGCCAAGAAAGCUAUUAGUAUCUUCCUUAUUUUCCUCUCUCUCUCACUCACAUACACACAUACAUCAUGGUUUGCGCCUCUCCCCCGGCCGUAUGUAUAUGAGCGACAACCUUUUUAUCUCUAUCUCUAUCUCUCUCCCUCUCCCCAUCCAUCCCUCCAUCCAUCAUACCAUCAUCAUCAUCAUCUCUGCAAGCCACUCCUCAUCUAUCUCCUGUCUCCAGCCACUGUUUCCCCCUGGCACAGCUCCACGGCGGCUUUGUACUUGUCGUUGUCGUUGUCACUGUAGCUGUGUAGCUUGCUGUAGCCUGCUGUUGCUGUUGCUGUUGCUGUUGUUGCUGUCACUCGUCGUCGCUGCUGUCGCUUUCUGUAGUAGUGGUGCCGGCUGCUGCCGUGCGUACCACUGUACCGUACCGUACCGUACCGUACCUUACCGUACCUAGUAGUCUCCGCCUAGACGUCUCUGCACCUUGCCCCCCUCUGCCGUCUCUUUUGCGCUGACGCUGCUGCUGCUGCUGCUGCUGGCUUUCCCCUGCUUUAUA